GAACAUCUGAAUCUUCCUCCUGGAAUUGAGGAAAUUGUCUUCAAGAACGCUGGCAGUUCUGAUUCUUACUUUGUGUCCUUACAAGAGAAUAACUUCUUCAGGAUUAACGUCAAGGAAAGUUCUCGAGUAUAAACACAAUGUAUUACUUCAAAGCAUCCCUUACUUCAGUCGCCGCAUUCUUUGCAUAUACCCAGGCUACAUAUCUUAAUAAUGAUUUAAGUUUCGGUCACGAUGGAAAGAUCUCUCCAAAUGGUCGCGCCAUCCCCAAUUUUCAUAUGAUAGGACAGCCAAACUACCCAGAUAUCCUCAGUAAUCGCAUCGUUCUUACACCACCUGCACUAGGAAAUCAAAGAGGAGCUGUAUGGACGGAAAAGAAAUUACAACACUCGCAAUGGGCAGCAGAUAUCGAAUUCCGUGCUACUGGUCCAGAGAGAGCAGGUGGUAAUCUAAAUAUCUGGUAUGCUAAGAAUGAGGAUAUUAAAGUCUCAAGCAUAUACACAGUUGGAAAGUUUGAUGGAUUAGCUUUGGUUAUUGACCAAUAUGCUGGAUCUGGUGGUUAUAUUCGUGGAUUCCUUAACGACGGUACAACCGAAUACUCUUCUCACCAUUCUGUCGAUUCCCUUGCAUUUGGCCAUUGCCCCUAUUCCUACCGAAACCGAGGUAUCCCAUCCAAAAUCCACAUCCGCCAAACUGCCGAUAACUUCAAAGUCGAGGUUGACGGUGCCUUGUGUUUCCAAUCCGAUAAGAUCAAGCUACCCUUAGGUUAUGUCUUUGGAGUUACUGCCGCUUCUGCAGAAAAUCCAGAUUCUUUUGAAAUCUUCAAAUUUGUCGUUACAACCGAUUCCCAUACUCCUGAUGAUCAAAUUCAAAAUCCAGGGAACCAAAAUCAACAACAAUUCCAAGCUGCCAAUAAUCCACCUCAACAACAACAAAACCAACAUGGCCAACAACAAAAUCAAGGGGGGCUCACGAUGGAUACACCUGGCGAAACUCCCGCAUCAGACUAUAAAUCCUCGGAUGCGCAAUUCGCAGACCUCCACAAUCGUCUCCAAGCAAUGAUGAAACAUAUCACGGCUCUCAAUCGCGAUUUCGCUCAAUACCAAGCCAAUUCUAUUUCCCGUCUCGAAUCUCUCAACGGAAAUAUCAAUGCUCUCUCCUCCACAAUCUCUAGACUCGAAUCCUCGCUCUCAAAACUCGAUUCGGUUUCCGGUCUUGAAAGAAAUCUAAGAGAUGUCGCAAGUGAUGUUAAGAGCACGAAGAAAGAAUUACACGAGGCGUUGGAUGCGCAUGUAUUAAGUUUAAAACAGAGAGUGGCGGAAAGUCAUGGUAGUGUACUUGGAACGGUGGGAGAAGGAUUGAAAAACCAUAGAUCAGGGAUUGGAUACGCGGGAUUGGCGCUCGUGGUGGUGGGUAGUCAGGCCGGAUUGAUUAUCGCGUAUGUGUUGUAUAAGAAAAGGAAGAAUGGAGGACACAAGAAGUAUUUGUGAGGUAUGUGGUGAUGGAAGAGGAGGGAGGUGGAAUUGUAUAAUAUAGUAUGGGAUGAAGGGCUUUCUGGGACGGAAAUUCAGAGUCAACCCGAAACGGAAUGGAAAUGAAGAUUAGAGUAUGUAGUGCAAGUGCAAGUGCAAGGGAUUAGGAAGUAGUGUAGAAAGAAAGAGAGAAAGAAAGAAAAAACGAAAGAAUAUCAUGUUACAGUAUUCAUACA